GCGCCGCGGCGGCGGUGGCGCGGGCGCUGGGGCUGGUGUUCAGAGGCGCCAGAGUCGCGGAUUCCGGUCUCGCCGCCGCAGGAGCGUGGCUGUCGCGCGCGGCCUGAAGACGCAGUACCUUUCUGCCCCUCACCUUUUUUUUUUUUUUUAAAUAACCGGAACCAAUGAACGCAGCCGGUACCCGAGCUCCGGAGGCCGCCGGUGCCGAGGGGACCAGGCUGGCGCCCGGCAGGAGCUCGCCUCCGAGGCGGCGGGGGCGGCCCGAGGAAUUGCCGGUUGCGGCGGCGGCGGCAGCAGCAGCUGCAGCGCCUGGCGGAGCGGACGAAUGCGAGCUGGUGUCCAGGCACCUCCGCGGGCGGCGGGCCUCGGGCUCUGCCGCGGCAGCCGCCUCCUCUCCCGCUGCGGCGGCGGGCGACAGUCCGGCGCUCAUGACAGAUCCCUGCCUAUCACUGAGCCCACCAUGCUUCACAGAAGAAGAUAGAUACAGUCUGGAAGCUCUUCAAACAAUACAUAAACAAAUGGAUGAUGACAAAGAUGGUGGAAUUGAAGUAGAUGAAAGUGAUGAAUUUAUCAGAGAAGAUAUGAAAUAUAAAGAUGCUACUAAUAAACACAGUCAUCUGCACAGAGAAGAUAAGCAUAUAACUGUUGAGGAUUUAUGGAAACGGUGGAAAACAUCAGAAGUUCAUAAUUGGACCCUUGAGGACACGCUUCAGUGGUUGAUAGAAUUUGUUGAACUACCCCAAUAUGAGAAGAAUUUUAGAGACAAUAAUGUCAAAGGAACAACGCUUCCCAGGAUAGCAGUGCAUGAGCCUUCAUUUAUGAGCUCCCAGUUGAAAAUCAGCGAUCGGAGUCACAGGCAAAAACUUCAGCUCAAGGCACUGGAUGUGGUUUUGUUUGGACCUCUGACACGCCCGCCUCAUAACUGGAUGAAGGAUUUUAUUCUCACAGUUUCUAUAGUAAUUGGUGUUGGAGGGUGCUGGUUUGCUUACACACAGAAUAAGACAUCAAAAGAACAUGUCGCAAAAAUGAUGAAAGACUUAGAGAGUCUACAAACUGCAGAGCAAAGCCUAAUGGACUUACAAGAGAGGCUUGAAAAGGCACAGGAAGAAAAUAGAAAUGUUGCUGUAGAAAAGCAAAAUCUAGAGCGCAAAAUGAUGGAUGAAAUCAAUUAUGCAAAGGAAGAGGCCUGCCGGCUGAGAGAGCUAAGGGAAGGAGCCGAAUGUGAGCUGAGCAGACGGCAAUAUGCAGAGCAGGAAUUGGAGCAGGUUCGAAUGGCUCUAAAAAAGGCUGAAAAAGAAUUUGAACUCCGAAGCAGCUGGUCUGUUCCAGAUGCACUUCAAAAAUGGCUUCAGUUAACACAUGAAGUAGAAGUACAGUACUACAAUAUUAAAAGACAAAAUGCUGAAAUGCAAUUAGCUAUUGCUAAGGAUGAGGUUGCUGCUUCAUACCUGAUUCAGGCAGAGAAAAUUAAAAAGAAAAGAAGCACGGUCUUUGGGACUCUGCAUGUUGCGCAUAGCUCCUCCCUAGAUGAGGUAGAUCACAAAAUUCUGGAAGCAAAGAAAGCGCUCUCUGAGUUGACAACUUGUUUACGAGAACGACUUUUUCGCUGGCAACAGAUUGAGAAGAUCUGUGGCUUUCAGAUAGCCCAUAACUCGGGACUCCCCAGCUUGACCUCUUCCCUGUAUUCUGAUCACAGCUGGGUGGUGAUGCCCAGAGUCUCCAUUCCCCCCUAUCCAAUUGCUGGAGGAGUUGAUGAUUUAGAUGAAGACACACCCCCAAUAGUGUCACAGUUUCCUGGGACCGUGGCCAAGCCCGCGGGGCCGCUCGCCCGAAGCAGCAGCCUGUGCCGCUCCCGUCGAAGCAUCGUGCCGGCCUCGCCGCAGUGUCCGCGUGCCCAGCUCCCCCCUCACACGCCGCACCAGGCCCAUGCCCGGCACCCCCACCACCCCCAGCACCCGCAGCACUCCUUGCCUUCCCCUGACCCCGAUAUCCUCUCCGUGUCAAGUUGUCCUGUCCUUUAUCGAAACGAGGAGGAGGAAGAGGCCAUUUACUUCUCUGCUGAAAAACAAUGGGAAGUGCCAGACACGGCCUCCGAGUGUGACUCCUUAAAUUCUUCCAUUGGAAGGAAACAGUCUCCUCCUUCAAGCCUUGAGAUAUACCAAACAUUGUCUCCUCGAAAAAUAUCAAGAGAUGAGCUCUCUCUAGAGGAUUCAUCCCGAGGAGAUUCACCCAUAACUGCAGAUAUCUCUCGGGGUUCUCCUGAUUGUGUAGGUCUGACAGAAACGAAGAGUAUGAUCUUCAGUCCUGCCAGCAAAGUGUACAAUGGCAUCUUAGAGAAAUCCUGUAGCAUGAACCAGCUUUCUAGCGGCAUCCCGGUGCCUAAAUCUCGCCACACGUCCUGUUCCUCCACCAGCAACGACAGUAAACCCAUUCAGGAAGCCCCACAUGUUGCCAGGAUAAGCAGCAUCCCGCACGAUCUUUGUCAUAAUGGAGAGAAAAGCAAAAAGCCAUCAAAAAUUAAAAGCCUUUUUAAGAAGAAAUCUAAGUGAACUGGCUGACAUGAUGGAAUUUAUUCAAGUGGCAUCUUUGAACUUUUAUCUCCUGUCCUCCACUCCCCCUUUUUUGUUUUAAUUUUAGGGCUGUAACUCCAGUGGGGCUUCCCAGACUGGGCGCCGUAGUGGAAUGUCCCAAGGGCAACUGUCUACUGUCUGCUUAUUUAAAUGACUAAUCAUUUCGUCAAGCCAGUUAUUACUGAAAAAUCAUUAAGAGAUGAGACAGUUUACAGUCAUUUCUGCCUAUUUAUUUCUGCUUUGUUAUUAGUGAUGUAUAUACAACAUUUUGUUGAAAGCCACUAUGGACUUACAAGCUUUAAUGGACUAGUAAGCCAGCAUGGGCUUGCAAAAAUUUCUUGUUUACCACACCAUCUUCUUAUCUUUCCACAGAGCUAUUUACAUCCUGGACUAAAUGACUUAAAGUAAAACUAAUUGCACUACCGUUUUCCAGACUGGAAAAAAAAAAAAAAAAUCUCUGCAAGUGAAACUGUAUAGAGUUUAUAAAAUGACUAUGGAUAGGGGACUGUUUUCACUUUUAGAUCAAAAAGGGUUUUUAAGUAGAACCUAGGGUUUCUAAUUGACCUGAUUUCUGGAAAUGAAAACCCACGCUUUUAUUAUGGGAAGCUUCUUUAAAUGCAUUUAAUAUUAUAAAGUUUCAAGUCCUGCUGUAAAGAUCAUGUUGUUUUGUUUUUCCCAGGGCUUUCACUGUGAUUUACUGCAUUGCAGCCUGUAUGAUAAAAUAUAAAUAAUUUAAGGAGAGAAGGCUCUUGAUUCCUUACGCACGUGGAAGAGUUGAAACUUGAUUGAAGGACUUACAUUCACAAGCUUAAACUGAGGUCGGGGACGUGGGGUUUCAGGUUCUUGUUUACAGACUUUGAAUAACAGCAAAGAAGUUAUGGUUUGUGAAGAAUUUGUACUGUGGAAAAGAUAAUAAAUUGGAGACAUUAUUGUGUGGGCCUCUGUUGACUUUUGUUGAUAACACUCCACUAAAAACACUAUACGUUUUCUGGAGAGCUAAGUGAGCUGUUUUGUUGCUUAAUUGCACUAUAAGAAAUAGUGAUGUUUUGGAAGUUGUCAACAAAUUUCUUUCCAUUUUAUAUUGUUUGUCAUAUUUUUAUGUAGUUUGAAAUGUUUAAAUGUUCUAAUAUCAAGAUUAACAAAUAUAAAUUUAUGGUGCAUUUAGAUUGUGUUGUAUUAAUUUGUAAAGCUCGGGGUUCGUUAAACCACUAGGUUAUUUAAGGGUAGCUUUUACUGUGAAGACUGUCACAGAGCGGCAAAGUACAUUAACAUCUGGGAGUUUUCGCCUAAACUGCCUCUAAAAAUUUAGUCAUAAAUGAUCUGGUUAAUGCAGUGUGGAUGGACAUUUGGAUGAACAAUGGAUACAUAUUAGCUACAACGGGUUUUCAGCAGUAUGGCUAAAACACAUAAUGUCCGACCCAGUCCUGCUUCGAUGAAAAUGCUGAUUGAUAGGAAGUUUAUGUGAGAUGUGAUCCUAAAAAAAUACUUUUAUCAAGAAUUUGAACAGUUUCCUGAAGUCUCCGAAAGUUGUGGUGGUUUAUUCUCUUUGUUAAAAACUUUUAAGGUCUUGAAUGAUACUUAUAUACACAAAUAUUUAUAUAAUUACGAGUACUUUAAAGGCAAAAAUUGAUUAGCUGAAACAAACAUAGAGUUUUGGUCUAACCAGAAGGUAAGCUAAUCUGAAAGGUCAAGAGUUGAGGAACAAUGGCACUGAAGCUGUUUGGGAAGGGGGGGGCGCGGGUAAUGGGCAUGAAGCAUUGAGAAGCGUACUGGAAACUGUCUUCAGAGUGAAGGAAAUACCUUUAUCUUGUUUCUCCUUCUUAAAACCAGAUAGGAGUUCUUCCCUUUGAAAAUUGCACAAGGGAUGAAAACUUUGUAGUUUGAUAGGUAGAAAAGGUAAAAGCCCUAGGGCAGGGAGUGGGGUGAGAGGAGGAAGGGCUCGAGGCCCCCCCCCCCAUAAGGCCUGCCGCCUGGUGAGGGUUAGAAGGGAAUUUUGGUGACCAGAAUUAUUGGCUGCUGGCACGUGGGGGCUGGGGUGCACGAGGCCGGCCUACUAUGUGCAGUGUGGGCGGUCUUAGGGAAUGCAUGGUUUGUGCUAAAUUUCAUGUUCUUGUGUAUAAACAAAUUCAAACCAAGGGAUUAUUACCGCUUUCUGUUGCUUGUAGUACUUACUUGGCAUUAGUACAGCGCUCUAUAUUUGUAAAUUCAACAGAGAACAACUGAGCUAUAGAAAGCCACAAUUAAUUUCUGUAUGACUUCAUUUCCAUGUGAAGAGGUGGGCAUAAAUUCAAGUUUUUUAAAUUACCCGUUUGUUACCUUACUAAUCUUAUAAAACUAUGGUGUUUUUCUGAUUUUAAAAGUAAUACCCUCCUUAUUGUAUAAAACGAUUCAUGAUAGAAAAGUAUAAAGAAGAAAAACAACAGCAAGCGGGUUAAAUUCUAGUGCCCACAAUAAUUAUUUUUAAUAUUUUGGUUUGUUUUCUGCCAGAUCAUUUUCUCUAUAUUGAUAUAUAUUUUACAUACUUGAAAACAUACUAUAUAUAUAUUCAAUUUUACAUCAUGCUGUUCUCUUAAUAUAGGCAUUUCUCCAGCAUUAUUAUAAAAACUCUUCAUGAACAUUUUAGUGACUAUAAUAUGCCAUUGUAUGGAUUUACCAUAAUCUUUUUAAUCAUUUUUUAUUAUUAAUCACUAGGCUGUUUCUGAUUUCUGAUAUGUGAAAUACUAGGAUUUAACAUUUAUUGAGCACUCUGUACUAGGCACAGUUCUAAACUCAAAUAUAUACUCUCAUAUAAUCUUUACACCCACCUUGUAAGGUAGGUGCUGUUUUUGGGUUUUUGUUUUGUUUUGUUUUGUUCUUUAAUAGUCAUUUUACCGAUGAGGAAACUGAGCCCAAAAAAUUAAUAAUUUGCCGAAGGUCACAUAGCUAGUAAGUGGUAGUGUCAACUUCUAAGUCAUAUAUACCACAUAAAGUCCAAUCAACAUUUUGAUUCCUUAGAAUAUAUAUUUUGAGAAGUAUAUAGGAAAGCCUAAAGGUAAUUUAUAUGUAUGUAUGUAUAUGUACACUCUCAUAGUUUUACAUAGAUACCUUGACUCUAACUCUUUUUAAGGUUUCUUAUUCAUAUAGCCAUGUUUAUAACCCCCCAAUACUGGAGUGUUUCACACUGUCACUUCCGAAUUACCAUUUGGUUAAAACUUUGCUAAUUUAAUUGGUAAAUAAUGUCUCGUAUGGUUGGAAAGUUUUUUCAUGUUAUGUAUUUUUCAUUUUAGUGAAUUGUCUGUUCAUGUCUUUUGCCCAUUAAGUUCCUGGGGUCCUAGUGUUUUUUGUCUUUCAAAUGUAGCUAUUCUUGUAUUGUUCAAUUACCAACUAAAACAGUGAUUUUUAAAAAUCA